AAGUGAACUCUUUGGUGAACGGAAAUUCACCCUCGUGGGUGGGGAGGUACUAAAACCUCAAGUCCUGCGAUAGACCGGAAGUCCGCGAAGUGUUAUGGGCUCACGAUCUAGGACCUUGCGAAUCCUAACUUAACCUGACUCAGCUGUAGUCACAAACAAAAGUUUCAAGUUUUGACAGCCGGACAUUAUUCACCACACCUAAGGUUACUCGUGGAUUAUUAGUCCUGAAAGAAAUGACAUACAAAUUAGAAAUGUUAUCGUUUUUGCCGGUUUUCACCCAGGUCGUCUGGGACGCCAAGUGUGUUUGAUUGUGGACCCCUAAGUCCACAAGUGGUUAGUGCGUAAACAUCUCUCAAACUUAUUCAAUUUCAGACCAUUUAGGACUCAUUUUUUUCGAAAAUGAAGCAGUCUAUAAUAACUCUCAGCAGAGUUGAACUUUCAAUAUACUUUGUCGGUUGGGUAUCUGGAAUCUUUUAUGCAAUAUAUCACGUGCAUUUGCAGACAAGCGCAAGUAAAGAUUGGUAUCCAGUAUUUCAACAACCAAAAAUCCCAGGUUGGAGUUGGAUCGGGGGUAAGCGGGAUGUAUCAGAUCCAGAGUGGAAGGUUUGGAUACCUUUUCUUUAUAGACUCUUUCCAUGGGUUAGUGUCCACAUUGUCGGCGGGCAAAUAAUUAGAUCUUUCUUCAAUUCCUCGAUAUUGUGCUGCUGGUAUAUUAUUAUAACUUUAGCACUCAUCCUGUCUUCCGUUGGAUUUCCAACUGUUAUAUUUUUACUGAUGCAGCCUUUGUUAUCAUGUCUGUUUAUGCUCACCAAAGGCAAAACUUUGCUUUGGACUACUCACUUAUUGUUUGUGGGAAUAUUGAAUGUUAUUAAAAAUCCAGAUUGUAUUGUGAGCAGAUGGUUGGGUGUCAAUGAAGAUGAAUAUAAUUUGAUAAUAAUUGUCUUUGCAUGGAUUCAACUGAAAAGUAUUGCUUUUAGUUUAGAUUGUGUAGCUAAAUAUGAGCAAAAGAGUUUCAAGGGAUUUCCUACGGAGUUUGUACAAAUUUUGGCAUACUGUCUUUAUUUGCCAACAUUUUUUUUUGGCCAAUUAAUUUUGUACCAAGAAUUUGUUAAUGGGAUUAAUACACCGUUUGAAAAAUGGACUUCCAAGAGAGUGGGAACAGUUUUUCUUUAUUUGUCUAGAUACCUAUUCUGGGUAUUUUUUACUGAGUUUGCUAUGCAUUUCGUUUACAUCAAUGUUCUACAUUUUCAUCCUAAAAUGGUUUCCAACUUUAGUAGUUGGGCAUUAUAUGGAUUUGGCUACUGUAUGGGACAAUACUUUUCAAACAAAUACGUUGUAUUAUAUGGAUUUUCUAGUGCAAUUGCACGUGCAGAAAAUAUUGCUGACUUAAAAACACCCAAAUGUAUUGGUAGGAUUCAUCUGUAUUCUGAUAUGUGGAAGUAUUUCGAUAGAGGGUUACAUAAGUUCCUAGUCAGGUAUAUCUAUUUGCCCAUUGCAGGCCCUACUUCUGUGCUUCGAAAAAUUUUUGCCUCUUUCACGUGCUUUGCAUUUGUUUAUGUAUGGCACGGUACACGAAUGUACAUAUUCAUAUGGUCAGCUUUAAACUUUGUGGGUGUGACGAUUGAGAGCUUGGCAAGAAUAAUUGCAAACUCUAAAAUUUAUGUUGAGGCUGAAAGCAAACUUUUGGGACCUAGAAAUGUUAGACGUUUUCAUUGUAUGAUAGCGAGUCCAUUACUGGCAAUGUCAGCAAUAUCCAACUUCUAUUUUUUUGGUGGUCGAGCAAUUGGAAACAUUUUUAUGCAGCGGAUAUUUAGUGAUUCAUGGACAAGUCUGAUCACACUAUUUUCUAUUCUAUAUUGUUGCUGUCAAAUUUCUACAGAAUUAAAAAAUAGGGAAAUCAAAAAAUGUCUGACUAGCAAAAGUGAUUAGAAGAAUACCUAUUAUCAAAUGGCAAAUCAAUUUAAUGAGUAAACUGUGCAGUUAUCUGCCUUAUUCAUCUAGAUGCCAAAAUGUCAAAGCUUCUGCUACUAUGCCUCUUGGUUUUUCAAGGGAAGAGAAAAUCAAUGAGCCAUCAUUUUUUCAACAAUCUGUUCUAGUUUGCUUUUAUUGAAAAACUAACAACGAUUUAUAAUAAAUGACUUGGGCUGGA